AUGACGAACCAGGCACGAUCCCGACAUCGAUCUCAGCUCCACACUAAACCUGCCAGCCACGACGACCGACGCAGCGACGAAUCCGCGCCCCUCCUAACCAACCACGGUGCCGCCAAUCGAAUCCGCGACGACUAUGGUGCCGCCUCCAGCGCGCCCAGUGGCGAGGAUGUCCGCGACGACGACGACGACGCCGACGCCGGCGACGGCAACGACAACGCCAUCGAGCACGAGAUGCUCCAGCGCAAGCGCGCUCAGCCUACGCCUCUUCCCUGGCUACAGCUCUCGGUCCUCUGCCUGAUGCGCAUGACGGAACCCAUCUCGUUCACCGUCAUCUUCCCCUUUGUCACGCAGAUGCUCCACGAGAACCUGCCCGACGUGGCGCCAGAGCGGCUGGGCUACUACGCCGGCCUGGUCGAGUCCACCUUUGCCUUUGUCCAGUUCCUCACCAUCCUCUUCUGGUGCCGCCUCUCGGACGCCAUCGGACGCAAGCCAGUGCUCCUCGUCGGUCUGCUCGGCUCCUUUCUCUCGGUCAACUGCUUCGGCCUCUCGCGCUCCUUUGCGCAGAUGGUCCUCGCCCGCUCCAUCCUGGGCCUCAUGAACGGCAACAUCGCCGUCAUCAAGAGCAUGCUCGCCGAAAUCACCGACGACUCGAACCAGGCCCGCGCCUUUGCCCUCCUCCCCAUGUGCUUCGCCGCGGGCAGCGUCGUCGGCCCCACCCUCGGCGGCUGGCUGGCCCACCCCGUCGAGACCUUCCCGGCCGUCUUUGGCGGUUCCGCCUUCCUCGAGACGCAUCCCUUCUGGCUGCCCUGCGCCGUCGCCGCCUUUCUCAACCUCCUCGCCAUCCUCCUCGGCUUCCUCUGCCUCGACGAGACGCUGCCCAGAAAGGAACGCAAGUCGAUCCUGCCCGAAUGUCUGCGCCGCCGUCGUCGUCAUCGUCGCAGCCGAGCCGACAGCAGCGACAACGACGACGGCCACCGAGACCCGGAAUCGCACCCCUCGUCGUCGUCGUCGUCGUCAUCGUCCGGCGCGAAACCGACGCUGCGCAGCCUGAUGACCAAGCAGGUGUCGCGCGUGCUGGGCACGCAGUUCUGCCUCAACUUCCUCAACGCGUGCUACGCCGCCAUCCUGCCGCUGUUUUGCUACGAGACGGUGCGCCACGGCGGUCUGGGCUGGUCCAACGUCGACAUCGGCACCUUUCUCGCCUUCAACGGCGUCGUCGGUGUCGUCAACCAGGUGCUGUUUUUCCCGUGGCUCGAGAGGAGGUGGGGCUCGCCCAUGCUCGUCUACCGCCGCGUCACGGUCGUCUUCCCGCUCGUCUUUGUCGCGCUCCCGCUCGCCCACGCCGUCGCGGGCGCCUACCCGGGUCGCGGGUGGCCGCCCGUCGUCGUCAUGGCGUGCGGUACCCUCGUCAAGUCGUUUGCCAACAUGUCGAUCGUCUGCUCCGUGAUCCUCGUCAACAACACGGCACCUUCGCGCCAGUCGCUGGGGACGCUCAACGGCGUCUCGCAGAUGUUUGGCUGCCUGAGCCGCACCAUUGGUCCGACGGUCUCGACGAGCCUGUUUGCAUUCAGCAUCUCGAACCGGCGCAUCCUCGACGGCCAGCUCGUCUGGAUCUGCCUCGUCCUCUUUGCCACCGCAACCUGGUACCUCACCACCCUCGUACAGGCCCCCACCGUCGCCGCUUGGAGGGUCAGGGAACAGAGGAAACGCGCCGGUCAAGACGAAGGAGACGGCCACGACGUCGGGAGUGGGCGGAAGUGA